AUGAACGAAAUAUCACACGUCUUUUUGGUAUCAAACGAUGAAGAAGUAGAACUCAAGAGAACAAAGCUUGGACGUACGAGAGACAUAACAGUCAACAUCAACAUAUCGCCGUUUAAAAAGCCGAUAGGUUGGGACGAGCCUUUGCCAGAGUGCAUUCUGGAAAAGUGGAACAAAUGGGCCGGCUCGCUGUCGUCCCUCUCUCAAAUUUCCAUCCGGAGAUGCUUCCGAUCGGGUGACGAGAAGCUUGCCGAUUGCACAUUCGAUCUCAUCGUGUUUGCAGACGCGUCUCUUCUUGCAUUCGGAUCUGUCGCUUACCUGAAAACAACUUAUCGCAAAGAGGCGCAUCUCAGUUUUGUUAUGGCAAAGGGUCGUAUCGCCCCCACUAGCGUCCUGAGCAUACCCAGACUGGAGCUGCAAGCCGCGGUUCUAGCGGUCAGAAUAGCGCAGACCAUCAGGAAGGAAAUGCGCAUCCCUAUCGAAUCCGUCGAGUACCGAACCGACUCCGAAAUCGUGCUUCACCAGAUCAAUUCCUCGCAUCACAAUCAUCCGAUUUUCGUCGCCAACCGAAUCGGCGAGAUUCUUCGUCAUUCAAGUCCCAAUCAGUGGAAAUUUAUAUCCGGUAGGGAUAACCCGGCCGACGACUGUACUAGAGGCGUUACGCCUGAUUGCUUCAAGUCUAGCUGUCGGUGGUUGACAGGUCCAACUCAGUUGCAAUUGUCAGCCCCGCAGCCGGUGAUUGUGAGUCAAGCAGGGGAUCCCGACUCAUUCAUCGUUCGGUCAGUAUGUGCCCUUAAUGUUUCGCCUUAUCCCUUAAAGGUCACGUCGCCUGUUGUGUCAAAUUUUAUUGCUGAUAGCCAAAACGGCCUUGCCCGGUUGAAGCGCGAUGUGGCCCAGUCGCUUCGUAAAGGCACAAUAAUCGAAGAGAUCACCAACGAUGAGCUAAAGCAAGCAAUGCGAAUCUGCAUCAUUGUCGCCGCGGAAGAGAAGUUUCCAAGAGAAGUCGACGCUUUAAGAAGAGGGAAACCAAUCCCGAGAGAUUCUGCAUUGCGUAACGUAAACCCGUACAUCGACCCUACAGACGGAUUGAUGAAACUGACGCUCAUGAUGAGAUCAACCACGCCGGAGUAG